CAGGCAUGGCAGUGGCGGGGGUCUGGGAGGAGUGGGGCCUGGGUGCGGCUGGGCCGCAGAAGGCAGCGCCCCCUGGGGCGGAGGAGGCCGAGGCCCGCUACGAUCCGUACGAGUGGUACAACGUGCGGGAGUGGAGCGGGCCGCGGGGCCCGGGCUCCGGCGGGAAGGGCCGCAGCCGCCGGGAGAGGGAGCUGCGCACCAACCGCCACCUCCCCGCCGGCCACGAGAGGAAGAUCGCCCAAAAGCUGCGCAACAGCCAGGCCAAGCGGCGCCGCCGGGAGCAGCGCGGGCCUCGCUCCACCCGGGCCGGGAGGCGCAGCGCCAGGGCGAGUUACGCGCUAGGCCCCGGGGGGGCGGGGGGGCGGUGUGUGUGUCCCCCUUCACCACCCUUCCCAAGGAGGUUGAAUAGCCGACCGGAUGUUAAACAUCUUCCCACAUUCCAACUGCUGUUCCCCUUAGAAAAAGGGAGCCCUGUUCAGGAAUGCUAUGCAAUGGGAUUUCCUUAACCUCACCUGCUGCACUGCUUAAAUACCAUGUCUUGCAGGACAAAUAAGUGAAACUUUUUUCAAUAAGACCAAGGUCCUUGGUACUUUUUUUGCCUCAUCUUGUGUUAUUUUAUAUAAUGCCAACAGUAUGCUAAGAACUUUACAGACAAAUAUGAAGCCAGGUUUUGUGUCUUGGAGACUUUACAUUUGAAGGCACUACAAUCAUAUCUUUUAUUAUGGAUGCUUGUGCCCAGGUGAAGCUUCAUUGAAGUCAGGGUUCCUUGCUAGUAGAUCCUGUUGCAGGGUCCACAGAUGCCUGCUUUAAGUAGUCUGGUUGAACUCAUGAGCUUACUCAGGUGUGUAAAACUUUGCAAGAUUGGGGCCUUAAAUCUCAGGGUUGUUGAUUAAAGCCUUGAUUUUACAUGAUCAUAUGUGCAGGUGGAUCUCUUGUACUCACAAAGAACCCAGCUGGAGUCAGUGUGGGCACUGGGAUCCAACUGCACAUGUGAGUUUGGAAGAUCAGGGCUUAAGUGAUAGAGUUGUGAUUUUCAAAGCGGUAUAAAUUAGGGAGGUUUUAGGCAUGUAAUGGGACACCAUUACAUGAAAUCAAGGGGGUUGUUUUGUUUUUUUUAAAGGGGAUUAAAGUAGUUUCAAAUAUUUUUUUUUUCACUAUUUUCAAAAAUAUCUCUGUCCCUUAUUGCUGUUUGAAAGACCCGUACAAAUAGGGGAAACAGACUAUGGCCGCUAUCGUGCACGUGCUUAAUUUUACUGACAUGAGCAGUCCCAUUGUGUACCAUAAUAAGGGCUACUGCUGUGCUUAAAGUUACGCACGUGCAAUUACAGUAGCGGCAAGAGGCUCUCAUCAGGAUCAGAACUCUAUUAUGCUAGAUGCUUCACAACUGCAACAGGCAUUGUAGAUAUGGUUCUUGCUCCAAAGAACAGGCACCUGCGUAGUCUCACAGUGAUUUACACAGGCACAUAAAGUUGUGAGCAGAGAUGUUUGCAGGCUCUAGGACCUAAAAUACAGGGGUAACUACAUAUUAAGUGGUAUAAAAACCACAAAAUAAACUGAAAUAUAUGUUCUCAUCAAGUUCUAUUGAUCUUAAGUGUUGUAACCACAGUAAAUUAACACACUUUUAUCUAGUUUGUAUUAAGUAUAUCCCUUUUGACUCCUGUUAGGGCAAUGUUGGUGUUUUUCUUUGUUUCUAAAUGACUGGUUAUGUAUAUUGGCAUUGUGCUGUACGUACUACCUUUUUAUAUACUGGUUAAUUGUAAAUAACAUUUCUAAUGAUAGCUGUGUGAAUAUAUGUAAAUAAAGGUAUUAUUGGCUUAUUUUAAAAAA